ACGGCAUCUGUACAGCCUACAAUCUGCAGUCCAGAGAGGCUGGGUUCAACCUGUGGUGAGGGCGCAGUUUUAUCUUGGCAAGCGCAAUGAGGAUCACCUUUUCUAGACAACGACUUCUCUAAAACAACAUCAUCUCUAAUACUCUAGAUAUCAACUAAUCUAAGAAUAACCUCUUCAUUUCUCCCUCAGAAAUGAUCAGGGUUUCAGAAAUGACCAUACCUUCCAUCCACUCAGCUGGGCGCUCGCUCCUCAAAGCAUGCGCCCAAGGCUCGCUCUCCAGUGUGAAAACGUAUGCUCCUCAGCUAUACACCACAGCUGGCAUCGACAAAAGGACUAUCCCGCCUCUGAGGCUUGCGAUAGCAACCGCCGCCGAGAACGGCCAUUCCAAUAUUCUCCGCUACUUCUUCACCAAUCUCCCGCAAUGCCAACAAUCGACCGACCCGUGGAACCCGACGAUCGAUAUCGAAGACCGUGAGAUUCCCGAAGAAUGGCAGUCAGCCGUGCUCCCCGACUUAGUGGUCCUGCGCACCGUACAGGCAUCUAAACCAGCCGCCUUCCAAACACUCAUGGACUUCGGUCUGCCUGUCAACCAUCCAAUGGACAAAAUUGGGUCUCCGCUCACAGUCGCAAUCCAGCGACAAGACGUAGAGAUGGUGCGGUUCCUGCUAAGCAAGGGCGCGGACGCAAAUGAUAUAUACUGGAUCCCCUUCGACUCUGUCCUGGCGCGCGCCGCAUCACUUCCUUCAUUGGAAAUUGUGAACCUCCUCCUUCAACACGGUGCAAACGUCCAGAGCUCAAACGCCCUCAAGGGUGCUGCGGAGUGCGGCCGCAUUAAUGCUGCUACUAUACUGCUCGAACACGGUGCCGACAUCAACCAGGUCUUCCGACAUGACCUGUAUGAUGAUGACGACCCAAGAGAUAUAAUUGGUACAGCGCUGCAUGUUGCAGUCCAGCAUGAUCAACAAGACUUUGUCCGAUAUAUGUUACAGCGAGGUGCGCGGACAGAUCUAGCAGACGGAGAAGGGCUCACUCCUCGUCAACUUGCACUGGCGCAGGGGAAGACAGAGAUGGUAAAAUUACUUUGAUAGCUCAAUUUGCAGCGCUCCCCUUCUUGUUGUAGAUAGCUGCUUCGGUCUCUCUUCUUUUCCCCUUCUGCAUCUAUCUCCUCUCUCUCUCUUUUGUCCGCUUCACUCCCUCUUCUGGCUCCGACCAAUAGUCGUAACUCCCUCUCUCUGCUGCGGCCUACUAGAAUGAACAGUCACAUUGAUGAUACCAAUGCUUUUUGGAUGAAACGAUGGGGGCGAUUCAGAAGAGCGGAUUAGCAGGUAAAUGAGGGUAGGUGUUUUUUCUUAAGGUCGCUUAUGGGCUGCUCAAUCCGAUGCUCAGAUUAUCAGUUCAACUCGAAUACUCCAACCCACUCCCCUUCCAUUCUCUGGGUUUGUGGCAACAGAUACUGCGCGGACAGCGCGCAGUGAUGAUACAGUAUUUAUUGCUCUGGUUCUGAUUCUGUGAUUCGAUAUUAGAUGCAUUUUAGCUACAAGUGGUGAUAGUAAGGCAAAACUGACAGGAUUUCGAUGAUCU